AUGGUAUUGUCUUUUCUUGAAAACCGAAAUGUCUCCUCUCCAGAUGAUCGCGACUGUCUGUAUACCUGGGGGUCGAACGCCGCUGGGCAGCUCGGUCUUGGCCACACUGACGAUGUGUGGCAACCCCAGAAGGUCGAGACGUUCAAAAUCCCUCUUUUGCAAGCGAGUUGCGGGAAAAACCACCUUCUCGUCCUCAACUACGACGGCCAAGUUUUCGCCACUGGGGAUGGGGGCGAGGGCCGCUUAGGCCUCGGUGACACCCACAGUAGGCACUCGUUUGAGCGAAUCAAAAGCCUGCCUCCUGUCCGGUUUGUCUGCGCGGGCGGCAGUCACUCAGCUGCCCUCGACUCCGGACUCCUCGUCUGGACUUGGGGAAGCAACUGCUGCGGGCAACUCGGCCUGGCGAAUUGGCAGCCGUCUGCGGCCUUCACCGCGGCUUCUGUGGUGGCAGAUGCUGCGCAUGCAUUCAAUCUGCAGCCUCAGGAAACAAAGGGCAAGACGCAAGACCGAGCGGUGCCUUCACGCACGGAGAGCUCGAGAGAACCUGUUCUGAGUGUCUGGGGAAAGGGGAAAGGAUGCGGAGAGGAAGGCCUGCUGAAACAGCAGAACAGCCGAGGAAAGCGCGAGAAACGCGCAGGCAGAGAGCCUGUUAAGACGAGCAAUGACGGCGACGAAGAAGACAAAACACAUCGAGAUGCUCGCAAAUCAAUCCUCACUGCAUACUGUCUAGCCGAAGGCCACGAAAGCCUCUCUGUGAAGCCGCAGGUGGUGGAAUUUCUUCGAGAAAAACAAGUUGUGACACUCGCCCUGGGCCCCCUCUACUCUUUGGCCGUCACUCUCCACGGCUUCGUCUACGCUUGGGGAGGCCACGAGCAAGGGCAGCUUGGUCUCCCAGAUCGACUCGACAACCAGGUGAGGAAGCGUCUCCUUCUGCGGAGACAGGCGAGCGGCGGGAUAUAG